GCUCUAUAUUCGUACGUUUAUAUAUUAUCGCGACAACAUGUGAACUCAAAGACCAAAAGUUAACAUGAGGGAGCGAAGACAUGUAAAUGGCACUAGCAAUACCAAUAGACGAACAAAUACAGUCGAGUGUCAUAUUUCUUCAAGCUAUAAAUCAGGACAAAUCGGGUCUGCAUUGACUCCUGGAUAUAAGCGAAUUGUCCCUCGACUUGUUGAUACGAAUGCGAACAUUCGUUUCAAGAAAUCUGAGCAAGAUGAACUAGCCACAACACUCCUAAAGAGUCAAAUAGCCUUCUUGACAAUCGAUAUCAACGAAAGCGCCGUGUUCAGGUACAACUUCAUAGCUUCAUCUGUUCAUUAUAUUGAGUCAAACGUUCAAUUUGUUACUCUCAUGUUAUAUCUCAAAGAGCGCACCCGGUGCAAGCAGAAAAUUUACAAGGUCAAGUGCUUUAACAAGUGAUGACACG